CUAUUCUUCAAAGCACCUGAGGGUAGGACAAGAAGCAAUGGGUGGAAACUAAUCAACAAACUAAUCGAGAACUUGGGAGAUUUUUUCUGAGAAUAAUCAGUGGAACGGAUUCCUUCCAGAAGUUGUAGGUGUGCCAACACUGGAGGAUUUUUUUUAGAAGAGAUUGGGCAACCAUUUGUCCAGAAUUAUAUAGCAUCUCCUGCUCGAGCCGUGCAUUGGAUUAGAAGACCAACAAGGUCAUUUCCAACUCUUGCUAUUCCGAUGUUCUCCUUGGCAGCAACUGGGUUGCAGUGACUUACAAGACUGGGAAGGAGGACCGAGGGAACAGUGCCACACGCAGGCAUCCCAAAUCAACUGACCACUUGUCUCAGGUCCAACCCACCCGGGGGUCCCGCCUCCCUCUGUCCUGGGUGACCUUAGAAGGCUCCGUCGGGCUGACAGGCGGUGGCAGCAGCUGUCCUGCGCCCAGAAAAGCACCAGAGACGCCCGAGGGAGUGGAAGGAGACAUUGCCAGCUUCUUGGUUCCCUGCCCUUUUCCUCAUUCCCAGGUUUGCUUCUCCUUUGACAAACACACCCUUUGGACACACAACACACACUCCUUCUUUGAAAUAGGGUGCAGCCGGAGAAGCCUCUGGUACAAGAACAUUUUCUUUUCUUUGGUGUCAUCUGCUUUUUUGCUUUGCAGGGUCUCGCAGACCAAGGAGAUACACGGAGCGAAAGUUGCCCUUGCUGGCCCACCAAAGAACGAAGGAUUUGUCAUGGGGAUCGGCAUGAGCAAGGUGGUUGAGGGCCUCUACCUCGGGAGCAUCAGUGAUGCUGAAGACAAAGAGACCCUGACGAAACAUGGGAUCACCCACAUUCUUUCCGUGCACAACAAUGCCAAGCCUCUGCUGGAGGGCAUGACCUACCUCUGCAUUUCGGCUUCAGACUCCUCCAAUCAAAACUUAAUUCAACAUUUUAAAGAGUGUAUCAGCUUUGUUCAUGAAUGUAGACUGCGUGGUGGAGGCUGUCUCAUCCACUGCUUAGCGGGAGUUUCUCGUAGCACCACAAUUUUGGUGGCUUAUCUGAUGACGGUAACCCACUUUGGCUGGAAAGAAUGUUUGGCCGCUGCCAAAGCUGUCCGUUCCUAUGUGAGCCCCAACUUUGGGUUUCAGAAACAACUUCAGGAGUACGAAACUACGUUGCUGCAGGAGUACCGAACCUGGGUCCAGAUGGAGUAUGGCAAGAACCCCCUCCCUGACCAAGAGGAGCUACGGCGGUUGCUCUCCCCCAAAGAAGAGAAAGUGAAUGAGCCACCAACAGGACUCGGAGAAUCCAAAUGGAACGGGGCUCCCAGCCCAGGCGACCACCAGCCGAUAGGGUGACAGCAGCACCAGCAGCCACCACCAAGGAACCAACCGAGGAGCAUUUGGAAAGAACCUUUUCGGCUUCUUCUUCUGAUCGAUAUGAAGAUCGAUAUGUUGCCUUCCUUUCUGGUCUUUCCUUGAACGUGUUCAGACUCCUUGUGGGUUGGGCUGCAACAGUGGACUUCUCCAGAGGUCAACCUAAGUGCCCUCUUGCCUGUCCAUUUGUAGGCUGCCCAUGUCUAGAAGAAGAAAAAUUGGGGGUCAUUUAAACAGUUUCAAGGAGAUGGGGGUACAGUUAUCCCAAGCGUUUUGCCGGCUGAGAAGACGCAAAAUAUUUUGGAAAUUCUUGAGGGAUGUUCUCAAAAGUGACAGGAAGAACACUUGAUUUGAACAGGAGAGGUGACUAUGGUUGACAAGAGCAUCCAUCUUGGGAAA